AUGCCCGACGUGUUCGCCGUGCCCGUCUUCUUCAUCGUCUUCAGAGAGACCCUGGAAACCACCAUUGUGGUCUCGGUCCUGCUGUCCUUCCUCAGGCAGCAGCUGGGCCCAGAUCGAGACAAGACUGUGUACAAGAAACUGCGCAACCAGAUCUGGUACGGCACCCUGGUAGGCUUCGUCAUAUGUCUGAUCGUGGGCUGCGGAAUGAUCGGGGCAUUUUAUGGCAUUGGGACCAACACCUGGGGGACCACCGAGGACCUCUGGGAGGGCAUCUUCGCUCUGAUUGCCUCCAUCAUCAUUGCAGUCAUGGGUGCUGCACUCUUGCGCGUCUCCAAGAUGCAGGCCAAAUGGAGGGUCAAGCUUGCAAAGGCCCUGGAAGCCAAGGAUAACAGACAUGGCAGACUCGGCAGUCGCCUCAAGGCCUGGGCCGAGAAGUAUGCCAUGUUCCUGCUCCCCUUCAUCACCAUUCUGCGCGAAGGGAUCGAAGCCAUAGUCUUCAUCGGGGGCGUGAGUCUCGGCGUCCAGGCCAGUUCCAUUCCCUUGCCGACAUUCUGCGGCCUCGCUGCCGGUUGUGCGGUGGGGUUCAUUAUAUACAAGGGCGGCAACAUGGCACCCCUGCAGUUUUUUCUCAUUGCCAGCACCUGCUUCCUCUAUCUCGUCGCCGCCGGCCUCUUUUCGCGAAGCAUCUGGUUUUUCGAAAACCACGCGUUUAACCGGGCCACCGGUGGCGAUGCCGCCGAGAACGGCUCCGGGCCAGGCUCCUAUGACAUCCGAUCAAGCGUCUGGCACGUGAACUGCUGCAACCCGCUGCUGAACGGUGGCGGCGGCUGGGGCAUCUUCAAUGCCAUCCUGGGUUGGCAGAACAGCGCCACCUACGGCAGUGUCAUCGGAUACAACGUCUUCUGGAUCGUCGUCAUGGCCGGCCUCGUCCUGUUGAGGUUCAAGGAGACCAAGGGGCAUUACCCCUUGAUGAAAUCCAAGGCUGCUGCCGCUGAUGUUGCAUGCACCGAAGAGAGAACCAGUGACGACGAGUCGAGCGACUCGAGCGGCAUGGGUCCUGUUGAGCACAAGGUCGUCUUGGGAAUCGAUGCCAAACCCAAAGUGCUCGAUAGCCAUGCAUGA